GCUGGUGAAACCAUUUGUGAAUGAGAAAGAUCAAGCCAAAUUCUUGUCCCUCUAUGACUUCAUGGAGUGAGAGAGACAGGGAAAGAAGCAACCCAAAUGCUGCAUUUCACCCCUAACCUCAGCCAGCCCUGGAUCAUGGGCAACUCUUCCCAGAACUUGUCUCUCUUCACAGCACUCACUUAUCUGGAGAAAGCUGCUGGAACCAUCUGGACCUGGCUUCACAGGGAGGGGGGCAUGCCUGGCAUGCUCACAGAGAUCUCCAGAUGCAAACCUGGAACCUUCCCAUUCGGUCAGCCUCAGAGGAACUGUACGCCAUGGGCGGGUCCGACAGAGUGGCGCCCCAACAAGGAUCUGACUACUGGGGAUACUGGUGAAGGACACCGCAAAGAGUGCCUGUUCCCAUUCCCAGACCUUGCCUCUAGGCCAGGCAGUGUGGAAAGGAAGCGUUGUUGGGAAACAAUAUGACUAAGAACCCAAAGGAAAAGCCCUCUUUCUCCCAUCAUUUCCACCAAUCACUACUCCCACGGCUGGGAUGGGGCAAGACUUUCUGCUGCUCAAAACUCAAAGACAAGGAACACUGUGCCUCCAUCUCCAGUGUGCCUCCGGUCUUCCCCUUCAGUCCUCAGCACUGUGUGCACCUCAAGAACCAGUAUGUGACAAAGGCCGCUGCAAACCUGACUUUCUCUCAAGAGGUCGUGCGGCAGCGUGGGGUGCCCAGCAUUCCUUACAGCCAGUACAACUUUGACCACAUCUACAACACAGAUGACAUCAUCCAGCCUGCCCAGAUCAAGAAGGCCCAGCCUGAGAAAUCUGUCGGCUUCAAGUCCUUGAGUUCCUCAGGUCCCUUAGCCAUGGACACCUCCCAGGCUGUGAAGAUAGAAAGCUCUGCCCACCCUAAAAAGAGGCCGAAGAAAUCAAAGCCAGCCGGAGCAGUGCAGAAGUCACCUCACCUUCUCAUCCAUCAUCCCCACAGGAAUUCAGGUAUGCUGAGCCUGCUGCCUUCUCCGGAUGUGUUUCUGGAGGAAAGGGAAGCCUGGCUCCCACCUCCUGAGAAGGAAGCCCGAGCCUGGGAGGCCAUUGUGCUAGAAAAGCUGGACAAGCGCACGGCCCGAUGGAUCCAGAGCAAGCGCCCUCUACGGCCUGGGGUAUCCCCUAACAAGUGGCAGACCUUCUUACACCAGCAGUAUGACUGGAGCCAUAUCCGGGAUGAGCUGACUUCCUCCAGCGACCUAGAGCUCCUGAAGCAGCUGGAGGCGGAAGAGUUGGCGGAGUUUGAAGAGCCAAGUGUCAUCCCACCCACCCAGGAAAAAAAGAAGCCGGAGUUGCCACUCCCCCUUUAUUACAGAUUGUCCAGUUACUUCCCGCAAGUACAGACAGUUGAAAUAACACCUAGCAACAAUAAGACUGCUGAAGAUAUCAACAAGAGGAAGAGAAUUUCCCAGCCCUCAAACCAGAGCUACUUCCGGCAAGUGAACCCCCGAGCUGGAAAGUUUGCUUACUCCACAGACAACACCUUUGAACAGGAGAUUUACUUCGAUGAAGUCCAGAUCAUCCACCAGAUUGGUGCAGAGAGAGACCAGAUUUUCCUGGAAAACCUCAAUCGGUACAAGAAGCAGCUGACUAAAAUUUUCCCUGAAAGUCCAGAAAAGUGGAGUUCGCAGCCAGUUCCCACAGCAUCUUGUAGGCCCGUGAAAGGAGCCCUGCGCUGGACUGAGUUGCCCACCCCAAUCAAAGACCUGCUACAGGUGGGUGAGGAGGACGUGCCCAUUAAGACCAGAAGGUUGAAGAGGCAGGCAAAAUCCCUGGAGGAUGUGACUUGGGAACUGCUUGUCUUGCGGAGGAUGCUGCAGGAAUGGAAGACUGCCUGGGCGAUAAUCGUUGAGUGGCACCAUGAGACAGUGGAGAAUCUGCUGCGGAGCCUGGUAGACCUGCAUGAUGAUGUUCGGAUCCAAGCCAUUGUUGCAUGUGCCACAGCUGCUUUGGAACGGCCCCGGACUGCCACCAGCCAGAAGGGCUCAGACAAGAAUGCAAAAGUCCCAUCUAUCAAGGACUUGCCAGAGGUUCUACAGCCCAUCCUGGAAGCUGCUCUUUGUGAUAAGAAUGUCAACGUGAGGAUGGCAGCAGCAAUAUGCCAAUAUGCCAUACAGUCACAUAAUCCCCUUGCCCGGGACAUCAUGCAGACCGCCCUUCUGAAGGGUAACAGUGUGGAUAGCUGGGCUGCAGCUCAGUGCUUGGCUCUGGAAGGUGCUGCCACUUACCCUGUGAUUAAAAGGAUCCUCCACCAGUUGUUUAACAAGAGGAACAAGGACACUGAGGACCAGUCCUGUAUCCUCCUGAACCAUCUCAGUGUGAAGACAACUCUGAUACACACCAUGCUUGCUGUGGAGCUGAACAGCUGCCAAUGGAAGGACCGCAUUGUAGCCUGCCGGGCUUUUUCCCGGAUCGGCAGAGAUAUCUGCUUGGAUAUGAAACAUAAAUUAAUCCAGCUGAUGUGGAAUGACUGGAAUAAGGAAGUGAGGCAUGCAGCUGCCCAAGCGCUAGGGCAAAUGAGCCUUGGCAAAGAAGUACAUGACACAAUCAGAAUCAAGCUGAGUCAAGGUAAUUCCCAGGAGCGUGUGGAAGCCCUCUCCCUGAUAGGUGGGCUCAAGCUCAUGACUGCCAAGCUUCUCCCAGGCUUCCUGCACUGUUUCUCUGAUGACUUCACUGCAGUUCGGCGGGCAGCCUGUUUGGCAGCUGGUGCCCUGCAGAUUCGCAACGAGAUGGUGCUAGAAUGCCUCCUGAAUCUGAUGCAGAGAGAUCCUUACUGGAAAAUCAAGGCCUUUGCCAUUCGAGCUUUGGGACAGAUUGGGCAUGUGAGCCCUCGGCUGACAGAUCUCCUACUUUGGGCUGUCCACUAUGAAGAGUCACCAGGUGUAAGACUAGAAGCCUGCCGUAGCAUCCUAGCCCUCAAACUUCAAGGGGACCGAGUCAGGGACACCUUCCUAGAUGUGCUCCUCCUGGAGAACCAUGAUGCUGUUCUAAAGGAGAUUUAUCAGGCGAUGAAGAUACUCAACUUAGAAAAUGAAGGAAAUCAAGAAAUGCUUCAGGAGAUCAAGAAAAGGAUUAAAACACUAAGCCAAAAGGACUUGCUGACAAAUAAAAUAUUCAAGAUUGAGAUGGCCAUAAGGAAAGUGAGGGAGGAAGCAAAACAUGUUUAUCUGCAACCCAAAAAGGGGCAAAAACCACUGAAACUCCAUACUUUUCUCCAAGAAAUUUUUCAGGAUGACGUGGUGGUUCUUCCUAGAAGACCGUCUGAGGUUUGUGACAUUGAAGCAGUCAUAAAGCCUGUGAAGCCCCGUGCACCAAAUCCCUGGUUACAAAGCCCAGUUCUAGGCCCAAACAUACGAAGCAGAGGUCAUCCAUCACUUGUCAAAGAUCUACGCACUCCUCGGGAAAAAAGGCUGGCCAUGGGGCCAUUUGGAUAUGACAGUCCAGCUCUCUAGCAGGAUAAACAGAAGUAUUUUCCCAGCAUCAUGGCUUUUCCCUCUGGAAGGAAAGGUGUUCAUAUCUAGUCUGAGUGUUUCUCUUGCUCCAAGAUGCAG